AUGAAUUACGAUGGUCAUGUAUUGGAUCCACUAGCCAAUCUGCAAUUCACAACCGGGACAUACUACAUGCUUGCUUCUAGCAUCAAACAACUCGCUAGAGAUUUAUGUGGGGGCCGCUGCGUGUUUUUCUUGGAAGGAGGAUACAACCUCGGUUCCCUGUCCCAUUCAGUUGUUGACUCAUUCCGUGCUUUCCUUGGGGAACCUAGCUUGGCAAAGGAGUUUGAUGAUCCUGCAAUCCUGUAUGAAGAACCAUCAAGUAAGGUAAAGCAAGCAAUUCAGAGGGUCAAGAACAUACAUUCCCUGUGAAACAGUAUAAAACUAUAGGAAUUUGUAUGAAGCCACGUAAUCUUAUUUCAAUUUUGUAUAUAAUGCUGUUCUAGUAUAGGCCAUGCUUCGUUUUGUGAUCUGCCAUUAGUUGUACAUGGAUUCUUGCAAGCAAUGGAAACUAUAUAUACUUCUUUAAGUUAAUGGUCCAAUGACCUCCUAGUUAUGCUUUCAUAAAUAAGAGCAUAUUUCCGGCUUUUGGUUGACUUGUAGA